AUGGAAAAAUCGGUAUUUUCAUUCCACACAUUGCCCUCAAAAGUUAGGGAAAUGACUGACCGACAAGUAUUGGUCUACAUAAGAAGGAUAUAUGAUUUAGUAACUAAAGUUAAAAAAGACCAUAUUAAACAUAUUUAUCUGAAUUUUGAAACUAUUGAAAGAGACAAAGAUAUUUGCAUCAAGGAUUUAUUAAAUUUCCAAAAAAAAAUUAAAUUUAAGCAAGGACGUAUUAUCCAUAUUCGGAUAACUCUGGAAAUCGGCCAUCUUCAAUACAACAUAUCAAACCAAACAAUUAAUACAACUACUUGUAGUGUUCUGACACUCCUGUCUCAAUUGUACGACGCUCCAUCAUUAAAUGAAAAGAACAAAAAACAAAAAACGGGGAUGGAUUCGAAGUACCCUAUAGUAGCAAGACACAAUCUCAAAUGGUUCUAUAAGUAUUGGCCUCUUGAAUGCUAUGUUGAUUACAACAUGGGAGCUUUAAAGCUUUCAAAGGAAGGAACCGAUACCGCACUUGAAUACUAUCAAAAAUUCCAUUUGAACAAAGCCAGCAAGGUUUUAAAAGACAACAGAUUUUAUUACGGGCAUGUCCCCUUAGUUAAAAGGAAAUGCGAACUUAACAGAGGAUACGCAGAAUUGAGAUUCGGCAAGAUUGAAACAUCUCCUGUUAUAUGUCCAACAAAGUAUUAA